AUGUGUAAUGCUCUCUGGUAUAUACCUAAAAAAUAUCGCAAGAAUCCAAACGUAUAUGGUCUUAAUCAAUUGAAUGAAACACCAUAUUGCCGUCAUCGUCCUGUAUUGCUACUACACGGUGCUGUUGGUGCAUGGUCCUAUCUUGGAGAUUUAGCAGCAGUACUAAAGACUACGAAUAUUCCUGCAUUCGUUAUAAAUCUUGGAUUCGGAUUACCAACAGAAGAGACACCUUUAUACAGUGCUUUUACUCAAGAUUGUUCAUACAUUGAUAGAGAAAGUAAUUUAAAGUUUCGAUCCACACCAGAGGCAAAUCCACUUAUUGGAAAGGUAAUAGCUAUUGCUCUUCCAUCAAAUCUAACAGAAACAAAUUGGAUGCGUGAAAUCAAUAAACUUGAUGAUUUAUUCAAUGCCAAAUAUGACGCAAUCAUGGACCAUAAAAAGUGUGCUUUGGCAGAAGAACUUCCUUGGUCUGUCGAAUAUAUCGAUGCAGGACAUUUUGGAAUAGUAUUUAAUCGCUCGACUUACUCUCAAGUACUUCAAUUCUUACUUAAAUAA